AUGGCAACAGAGCAUGGCUCACAGCUGCUUCCUGACCCCCAGAAGACCCCCGAAGGAGCUGUGUCUCCUGGGAGUGCUGCUGAAGGCUCCGCCUUGACCAGAAGAAGGAGCAAGAAGGAGAGGCGGCUGCCAGGGUCUCAGAAGGCCAGCUCUGGAAAGCAGUCCUCUGGCCAGGGCUCUGAAGCCUCAGGAAGCAGCAAGAACCCCCCAAAGACUAGAGCGGGGCAGGAUGAGCCAUCCUCAGCACCGCCUGGGCAAGCCUCUCACCGACAGUCCCACCGACAUCGUCCUGACCCCCAGCAGGACGCUGCCCAAAGGACUUAUGGGCCCCUGCUCAACCGCAUCUUUGGAAAGGAUCGUGAACUGGGCCCUGAGGAGUUGGAGGAGCUUCAGGCUGCCUUUGAGGAGUUUGACACUGACCAGGAUGGCUACAUCGGCUACCGGGAGCUGGGUGACUGCAUGCGGACGCUGGGCUACAUGCCCACGGAGAUGGAGCUCCUUGAAGUGUCACAGCAUGUGAAGAUGCGCAUGGGUGGCUUUGUGGAUUUUGAAGAGUUUGUGGAGCUGAUAAGCCCAAAGCUGAGGGAGGAGACAGCUCACAUGUUGGGUGUACGAGAGCUCCGCAUCGCCUUCCGAGAGUUUGACAAGGACAGGGAUGGACGGAUCACAGUGGCAGAGCUGCGGCAGGCAGCACCCGCUCUGCUGGGGGAGCCACUAGAGGGCACUGAGCUGGAUGAGAUGUUGCGGGAGAUGGACCUCAAUGGGGAUGGCACCAUAGACUUCGAUGAAUUUGUAAUGAUGCUAUCUACUGGCUGAGGCACCUGUAGGGACAACCUACUGGCCCUGAGGCCCAGAUACCAGCAGGAACCAGACGACCACACCCUUCCCCAGGAUGGAGAGAUCCUCCCCAACUGUAGGCUGCUUCUACCGUGGCCACACCCAACCGACUCCAGGGUCUGCCUUGCUGUCUUUUUCUCCCACUCCCAAGCCGU